UCCAGACCACACUGCCCACAGUGACCACAGUUUCUCCACCCGUCUUUCUGACGUUCUCAUACUGGCUGAACAGUGGUGUUCAGCCCGGGGUGGACAAGGACCUGGUGGCGAUGUGCCAACAGCUCAUGACGAAUUACGAGGACGGGAAAUGCAACCUCACGUUCACUGAGUCCAACGGCCAGAAGAAGUUCACCUCGGCAGAGAUCUCAGGCAAAGUGAAGCCCACCAUCAUCAACCAAGUGUCUGAAGACAUACACUCCCAGAAGUCGCAUUAUAAAAUGACCCUGAUGAUCAUUUUGGGCACGUGUCUCCCUCUGGUGGUCAUGCUCGUGGUCUUCGUCUUGUGUGUGUCCCACCGCUGCAAGCCCUACAGCGAGACCCAGCGGCCCCUGACGGACGAGCUGCAGGCGGUGGAAAACGGUUACCAUGACAACCCGACUCUGGAGGUGAUGGAGGUGCAGGGGGUGGAGCCGGAGAAGAAGAUGGCGUUGAACCUGAACGGCGAGUUUAACGACAGCUGGAUCGUUCCCAUGGACAACUUGCUGAAGGACGACGGCCCGGACGAGGAGGACACACACCUGUGAGGGCGGGGCCGGGCGCACACUGAUGAUGUCAGCGCCGCACACGGACGAGCUCACCGUCCAGGAGGAGUGACAUCAUCAGCGUGAGACUCGCACUGCAAACAAUGAAAAACUACAAGAGUUUAAAUGAGAACAACACUUUCUGAACAAAGUCAUUACAUAGCCCUGGUUCAGGAAGUACAUUUCCCGUUCAUUUUCCACAUGGACUUUCUAAAAUAUUGUAUAUUCAAGGUUUAAAAGCUCAGGGAUAAUCUGCUCUCUGGUAUAAACCGCUAAAUCAUUCAAAUAUUUGGCUGAAGUUCUUAUGAGCCUUUUGGCUCAAAACAACCACACUGUACUGGAGCAAAGCAGUCAGUCCAUCAGUCAGUGAAGUACGUCUGUUGGCGUCGCCAUGUUUGUUUUGGUUUGUUUGGACGCUUUACCUUUGACGUGAUUAGUCCACUCGCACCUGGGUGGAUUUGAACCUCACGGGGGGGCGCUCUCCAAGAUGGACUCUCAUGAGUUUGUGACACCAACAUGUGAGAGUCCAUCUUGGAGGUUAAGAUGAAACAUUACAUUGCUUUAAUAAAGCUUCACUGGUCAAACCCUUUAGUAAGAUGGAUCUGAAUUCAGAUCAUUUAAGCUCAUUUAAACUCUUGUGUUCAUGUUUUUUGGUGCAUCUGUGGAGUCGACGUCAGGACUCACUGGUGAAUCAGCAGAAAGGACAGAAUGGACUUCCAUCAGGACUUCCAUCAGGACUCACAGUGCCUUCAGAAUAAACCUAAUUUUCAUCAAAGGGACUUAGGCAUUUGAUAAAUGUAUAAAUUAUUCAUUACAAAUAGAUUUUGUUUGUCCCAAAAACUUACAGAUCAGCGCCUUAUCUGUGAACUGUUCAUUUUGGUGUUUCUCUGUGGAGCGCCCCCUCAUGCCAGUUGUGAAGCCUUGGCCUGAGUGUGUGUGGCUCAUGUGAAGCCUGUUAUGUUUGAGAGUUCAGCUGUUGGGCUGAUGUAGACGAUAGACAGAGAAGGGUCUGAACCCCAGUGUUUUAGAAACAGUCAAAGCUUUAAACUUCUUUAAACGGAGGAUUCUGAAAAAUGGACAUUUGGAGCUUUCUAUCAUGUUAUAACGUCUCCUCAUCAAAAACACAUCUGAAGAGGUCUUAGAGUCAUCCAUGCAUGUUUGAGUCAUCUAGUGAUCUCUCCUGGGACCCUCCUUACGGUUAGCAGUACUAGUCUGUAUGAGGCUCCGCCCACAGCCUUACAUCCCCCAUGCCCCACUCGACAAUCCUCCAUAAAUAAACAAAAACGUGACACACUGUCGACAGUGGUGUCACAAACCUGAUGUGACGUGCAGGAGUUUCAUUAGCAGGAUCCACACUGAGUGUGUUGUGAUAGUGCUCUGAAGGGGGAGUGUUUAGCACGAGCAGCAUAAUUAUUUCACAUUUUGAUGACUUUAAACCACAAUAUUGAUCUAAAAGGCCAUUUCACACAUUUUCACGUUGAUGUUUUUAUUUUUGAGAAAUUACUUCACUUUCUGUUUGACUUGAGAUCUAAAUAACAAACAGUGAGUGCAGAGCUGUGGGCGGAGAUAGGGGGUAGGUGAAAACUGAAUUUUUUUGAAUGCUCAAGCCUCAAAUGCAGAACAAAACAAGAUUACUCAAACAUACUCCUAUAUGAUAAUGAAGAGAGUAAACCACCAGAACACGACUGACAGCUCUGAAAAGUCGAUUUUGCAGAUGAUGUCUUUUUAAAGGGGCCGUGUUACACUAUUUUCUGAUCUAUGUUCUAAUGUUCCUCCUCCAAAACACACCUGGAGUUGUGUUUGUUUCAUUCAUACAUGUUGGAUUAACAACUACAUUGCCAAAGCUCUAAAUUCUCUGUUCCACCUUGUGAUGUCAUGAAGUGGUGGUAUUUAAAUGAACAGCUCUUUUUACCUUUAGUUCAGUAGAGAUUGGCAACUCCAGAGCUGAAAUGAUCCAAAUGAUUCUAGUGACGCUGUGGGGAGUUUAAAAACACAAUGGAGCACUUCCUGUUUUACCACAUGACAUCACAAGGUGGAACAGAGUGUUUUCGGUUUUGAGAGAAGAAAAUAGUGUGACAUUUGCCCUUUAAGACAAACCUCCUUUUCUUACUAACAUAUUUAUUCAAAAGACAAAACUGUUUUUGUGGUUUGAAACUGAGAACACUGGACCGCCUGGUAACAUCACUGGAGUUUUAAACCAGAUGCCCUCCCUGAUGCAACCAGCUACAUUUCUGUGACCAAACAGGGCGAUGCAGGGGGAGUUUCUACCUGCUGGGGCGGGAUUGGAACCUGUAACCCUCUGGUCACUGGGCAAAUGAGUAGUGGAGUCCCAUUGCUCUGGACUGUGCAGAGCCCCACAUGGGAAGAAAUAAGAACACAGAUAAAGCAGCCAUUUAAAUUAUGUUUGUUUAUAGAUGUUAUUUUUGUCGUGAACACUGGUGGAGUUUGUUUGACUUUUAUUUUUUAAUGUUGAAAAUAUCGAGGACUCAGAAUCAAAGUGAAAAAGUGACAUUCUGGCUGAAAAAAUUAUUCAAAACUAUUCAAAAUUUGAGUCAAGUUCUAUUAAAAACUAUAGAUUGUUUAUAUAAAUGGACAUCACGAUUCGCUCUUAUAACUGCCGCCUCGAUGAGCUUCACUUGACUGGAGCUGAACACUCACUCAAAAAGAUAGAAACACAAAAAAGAAAUGUAGUUUUUAAGUCAGGAUGGUAUACACGUUACACUGUCGACACAUUUAUAACACGUAUAAUGAAAAACACGUUCAAAUUUGUAAAUUAUUCAGUAGUGUCAUAGUACUUGAAACGUAUCCACGCUGGCGCCACCUAGUGCCUCCGCUCAAUUUCAUUUCUGUCCAGCGAUUAGGUCAGGAAUCAAGUGGAAGUGCGAGUUUGGGCACCAGCCAAUCAGUGAAGAGUCAGACAUUCUGUGUUGGCAACAAUUCCCGAGAUCGAAGAUUUAAAGCUGGAAUAAAGAGAAAAUGAAUGAAUGAAUGAAAGAGAAUUUUUUCAAGGGGAAAGUUAUUGUCCUACUUCCUACGGGAUUUGGGAAAAGUUGAACAUACCAGUUAGACCCGUUAGCGGUGCAUUCCAUACAUCACAACCACAUAGCAGCAGCCAGUUAAAUGAAAAAAAGUUCCCACAUUCCGUCGAGUGAACGAAUUCUAAUGCUGCCAGGUCAGACUGACGAAUCAGGCUACUUGAACCCGGCCUCGAGACUGCUUUUUUACGGUCUUGGUCUUGUCUCCGACUCAAGGUCAUUUGGACUCACUCUUAUUUCGGUCUUGAAGGCUCUUGGACUCGGUCUUGUCUUGGUCUUGAAGGCUCUCGGUCUUGUCUCGGUCUUGAAGGCUCUCAGUCUCAGUCUUGUCUCGGUCUUGAAGAAUCUCGGUCUCGGUCUUGUCUCGGUCUUGAAGCCUUUCAGUCUCGGUCUUGAUGGAGGUUGGACUCGGUCUUGUCUCAGUCUUGAUGGAGGUUGGUCUUGGUCUUGCCUCGGUCUUGAAGGCUCUUGGUCUUGGUCUUGCCUCGGACUCGAGGUCUGACACUGGAUGAGUGUGAUCAUAUUUCAUUAUGGCUGGUAAAUGAAAACCAAUAAGAGAAUGUCACUGUAAAAGUUAUGAACUUGAAAAAACCUACUUUGAAACUUUGAAGGUGUUUUCUAAAAAGUACCAGUGGAAGUUCUCUUAAAGAAUUGGUGAGGAUCCAAAAAAGGAGUGCUUAAGUCUGUUUCAGUGCAGUGCAGUUUGCUCGGCUUAUUUUAAGCCUAAAUAAACAUUAAUCAGAUCAAAUGGAGAUAGAUUUACUGAUAUCUCGACUCUCAGAGGUCUUGGUCUUGUCCUGGUCUCUGGACUCUGUGGUCUUGUCCUGGUCUUGGUCUCGUUUAGUGCCAGUCUUGACUACAACACUGUUAUUCAGUUUGGUACCAAAUAUGCUUUAUUCACGCUUACCGGAAAACGCUGGAAACAUGCGGAUGACGACUUCCGGUGUAGUUAAACAGAUAAAACCCUGGAUUCAGCAGCAGCGUCUUCACAACCUGCCAAAGCUUUACAUGAGGGACGAGACUCUAAUCAGAUCUUUAACAUCAUUUACAGACAACUGAUUGGAACUGUUGACCUGCCAAACAUAAGGGAACACUAUAAUGACGUCUUUUUUGACAAAUUAUAAUCCAUAAAUUAAUCGGCAAUUUGCAAAAGGAAAAAAGAAAGAAAAUUGGGCCCAAAGGAAGUCGUCAUCUGCAUGUUUCCAAACGUUUUCCAGUUUUGUGACGUAAGCGUGAAGUAUUUCUGGUAAUGAGUUCAAAUACAUUUAAGUUUUAACACAUUUUAACAAGAAAAAGUUAUUACCACUCAUUCUAAAUCUGCAGGGUUUGUGCGUUAAAAGUGUGAAUGGAACAAAACACAACUCCAGCGUUUAACCCUUUUAAAUCAAUAGUAUAAAAAACAAGAAACUUUUUUUUUUACCCUUUAUUUUGUUUAGAAAUAAUCCUUUAAACUACUACUAAAAGAAUGGUUAUCGCAGCCUUACACAGACACACUUCCCGCAUUAAAAUGGGACUUUGCUUUAAACAAUUCUCUCAAAUUUGUGAAAAUGUUUGUAAUGUUUUGUAAUAGUUUCAGCCCAAAAUGUCACUUGUUUAUUUUGACACUCAGCCCUGAAGUGUCCACUGGAUCACACCCAGACUUCCCUUUAUUUUAAACCACUCUUGUGUAUUUACUGUCACUAUGAUCUGAGCACGUUUAAGAGUUUGUGUUUUUGAGAAUCACUUUUGUGUGUUUUUUUGUCCAAAUGUUGUUGUUGCCGUACGUGUGGUAUUUAUAACGUUUGCUCCGCAGCGAACAGCAGGGGUCUGACACACUGGAAACUGUAAAAACUUUUAUUAUUUGCAAAUAAAUGGAAUAAAAA